CUCUCACUUGACGUGCGGCACGCUUGCGGCAUUGCUGCGUUCGUUCACUGCGGCACUGCUGUGUUAAUUUCGCCGAUUUUGUCUUGCACUCACACUGACGUGCGGCACUGUUGCGUUUCAAGCUCAGAUGAGCCGGUUAUCAAAAAUCGCAGCGCUGUCAAUUCAUCAAAACACCACUGUAAAUUGAUAAAAUCCAUCUAAAAUAUUAUUCACAACGAAACUACAUUCAAUUAUGACACUGGGUAACAUGGAUAACAUAUUAUGAAGUAUACCUAUCACCUUGCUACAGUCUUUUAACAAAGGAACGGACCUGAACCAUUUACCAGAUUUUAUGUCUUUUGCACCAUACAUGUGAAAUAAAGCAUUAUUACAUCUAUAUAUUUAUUGAAGAAUUUUGUUCUGCCGUCAUGCUGACUUGUCGCGCAUUUGCGUAUGAAUCCCGGGUCAAGAGGUCAUCUCUCCCCAUUCCGACUAUUUUGUCAUCUGUCAAGAUGGACGACGAUCAGGCGGACGUCUUGAAGUCUGUCGUGUGUCUGCUUACUGUUGCCUCUGUUGCGAAGGCCAAGGCCAAAGCCAGGGCAAAGAAGGUCAGGAGAAAGAGGAAAACUGUGUGGGUGCGACAAUGGCUUCUGGACAGACCUAACUAUGGUCUAUAUGACCAACUUAUGGCCCAGCUCGCAGAGGGGGAUGUCAAGUCCUUCAUUAACUUCAUGCGGAUGGAACCAGAGAUGUUCUAUAAGUUGGUGGAAGACCUGACACCCAAGAUUAAGAAGAAGACAACCCGCUGGAGGGAGCCGCUGCCCCCUGCGCUCAGGCUGGCCGUCACUCUGAGGUAUUUGGCCACUGGGGAGUCCUACCAGUCACUGGGGUACGCGUUCAGGGUGGCUCCCAACACGCUGGUCAGUAUGGUGCCCGAGGUCUGCCAGGCCAUCUACGACCACUAUCACGACAUGGUCUUCAAGUGCCCCACAACGGAGGAGGAGUGGAAGGAGGUGGCCCAGGCUUUCUCCAACAAGUGGCACUUCCAUCACUGCUGUGGGUGCAUCGAUGGGAAGCAUGUGAGGAUACAGGCACCAGCUCACUCCGGUAGCCUUUACCAUAACUACAAAGGCUUUUCGUCUGUCAUCAUGCUGGCGGUGGUGGACGCCAACUACAGGUUCCUGUACGUGGACAUGGGAUCGUAUGGCGCUGAUUCCGACGCGGGGAUUUUCAGAGAGACUGGGUUGUAUCAGGCUCUAGAGGAGGACAAGGCUUCCCUCCCAGGAAGUGAGCCUCUGCCUGAUGGUGACGCUGCUGUCCCCUACUUCCUGGUUGGGGACGACGCCUUCCCACUCAGAAGCUGGCUGAUGAAGCCACACUCGAAGAAAGAGCUGUCCCCCGAAGAGAGGAUUUUCAACUACAGGUUGUGCAGGGCCCGUCGGAUUGUGGAGAACGCCUUUGGUAUCCUGGCCAAUAGGUGUGUAUCAACCAACCAAUUAACUGAUGUCAUGAUUUCUUGAGGACUUGGCAAUUUGUGCAGAAAUCUGAAGACACAUUGACACUUGUUGAACAAAUGAUAUAAUAACGCGAUGAUGCACAAUGUUCCUAUGUCUUCUGGCCAAUAGGUGUGUAUCAACCAACCAAUAAAUGUAAGGAUUUAUUUUCGUCUUUCCAAUUUUAUGCACAAAUGUGAAAGUCAUAUUGAUACUUCUUCAACAAAUGGUAUACUAACGCAAUUAAUGCACAAUGUUCCUAGGUUCAGAUGCUUUCACACCUGCAUGAUGCAGAAGCCCCACACUAUCACCAAGAUCGUGUUGGCAGCCUGCACUCUGCACAACUUGCUGACUCCAACCAGAGCCGGAGAAGACCCAGUGGCACCCGACAUGAGAGAUGUCGAGAACCCCCUUCCUGG